AUGACCGAUGAGCAGCUGCCCCUCAAGGAGAUGUCUGACAACCACAACAGCCCUCUCCUGCUAGAGCCUCUUUCCAGCAGACACAAACUCUACGAGUCAGAGCCGAGCAGCCCUACCUGGCCGUCUAGCCCCCAGGAUACACACCCAGCCCUGCCCCUGCUGGAAAUGCCUGAAGAAAAGGAUCUCCGAUUAUCUGACGAAGACAGCCACAUUGUGAAAAUUGAAAAACCCAAUGAAAGGAACAAAAGGAAAGGGAGCAAGGUGUCCCACAGGGGCUCUGCAGACGGGGGAGGCUUCAGCCUCUUCCAAGCAGUGAGCUACCUCACGGGGGAGAUGGAAGAGUACAGGAACUGGCUGAAAGAUAAGCCCUUGGCCUUCCAGUUUGUAGACUGGAUCCUGAGGGGAGCCGCUCAGGUGAUGUUCGUCAACAACCCUCUCAGUGGGCUCAUCAUCUUCAUCGGGCUUCUGAUCCAGAAUCCCUGGUGGACCAUUGCUGGGGCUCUGGGGACAGUGGUCUCCACCUUAACUGCCCUCGCCUUAAACCAGGACAGAUCAGCCAUUGCCGCAGGACUGCAUGGCUACAAUGGGACGCUGGUGGGACUGCUGGUGGCCGUGUUCUCUGAGAAGUUGGACUACUACUGGUGGCUUCUGUUCCCUGUGACCUUCACAGCCAUGGCCUGCCCAGUUAUCUCCAGUGCCCUGAGCACCGUCUUCAGCAAGUGGGACCUGCCAGUUUUCACGUUGCCCUUCAACAUCGCUGUGACUCUGUACCUGGCAGCCACAGGCCACUACAACCUCUUCUUCCCCAUGACGCUAGUAGAGCCUGUGUCCUCGGUACCCAAUAUCACCUGGACAGAGAUUGAAAUGCCCUUGCUGUUACAAGCCAUCCCCGCUGGGGUUGGCCAGGUGUAUGGCUGUGACAACCCCUGGACCGGCGGCAUGAUCCUGGUGGCUCUGUUCAUCUCCUCCCCGCUCAUCUGCUUACACGCAGCCAUCGGGUCCAUCGUGGGGAUGUUAGCAGCCCUGACGGUGGCCACGCCCUUCGAGACAAUCUACAUGGGCCUCUGGAGCUACAACUGCGUCCUCUCCUGCAUCGCCAUCGGGGGCAUGUUCUACGCCCUCACCUGGCAGACCCACCUGCUGGCACUUGUCUGUGCUCUGUUUUCUGCAUACAUGGGAGCAGCCCUUUCUAACAUGAUGGCGGUGGUGGCUGUACCACCAGGCACCUGGGCCUUCUGUAUCUCCACCCUCAUAUUCCUGCUCCUGACAACCAACAACCCAGCCAUCUACAAGCUCCCGCUCAGCAAGGUCACCUACCCGGAGGCCAACCGCAUCUACUACCUGACAAUGAAAAGCAGUGAAGAAGAGAAGUCUCCCAGCGGUGAUUAGCCAGCUCCGGGCAGAGAUGCUCUGCCCGGACCUUCUGUUCUCAACUCUGGGACAAGCAGCUCAGUGCUUCCUUCUUUGCCUUUUCUUGCACCUGUAUGGAAUCAGACACAGCUGUCAUUCCCUGUCCCUGCGGCUGAGCUUCUUUCUCUGUCCAAAUCCUCACAAUUGUCCUCAUAAUGGCCACAUUCAAGGAAGUCAGGGAUGAGAUUGCAGAGUUAGAAGGAAGAAGCAUGUUUUACAUUGUUGGUAUACAACAAAAAUAUUAAGUCUUUUGGAAAGGUGACUAAAAAGUGAUCUUCUUGGACUGAUUAAUAAAACAUAGAUGCUAUAGAAUUAAACUUGCUGAGUGGCUCCUGGACAGACAUGGAGUAGGGGACACGUGCUGGAGAUGAAGGCACCCUAGGCGCAGAGCCAGUGGCUGGUGGGGACCUCUGGCCACACUGCUGGAGUUUUCAAAUCAAAACAGGGACAAGCAGGGGACUGAAAGUGUCUAAAUAAGUUCUGAAUAUUCACGUUUUCCCAAACUGGUGAUUACUGCCCCUUUCCCAACACUCAUGUUCAAAACCCUGUUUCUAUAUUAUCAUGUGAGCAAAAUACCGGAGGGCUUACCCUAGCUGGACUCCCUGCUUCUCCGAUGCUCCUUUCCCACCCUGAGGAAUUUACAAUUGCUUCAGGAUCCACCCCCAGUGCCCCAGACCUUUGAACACUGGACUUCUCCCGUCAUCUCCCACCUACAUUUCGCUGAGAUCAUUUAUCCUUUUUAGUUUUCCCCUUGCAAUAUGCCUUUUAUUUUUGCAAAGAAUCCUAUACCACA